UUUACUUAUAUUAGGCAUUCAUUUAUAUUAUUUAACCAAAAAUCCUUUAAACACAGGAACUUUUAUGUUGUUAUUUUCAAUAGUAGGAACUUUCCACCAACGCAUCGCAUCGGAUAGUUAUUUUAUUUUAGAGAUCUUGCGCUCUUAGCUCAUCAAGCAGGCUAACCAGGUUAUUGGCACGAUACGACACGCAGUAUAAAUGCAUUCAUUUAGGAUGUCAUUAAUAUCAGUUAAUGCUGUUUACUGUGAUGAGGUCGUCAGCAGUCAAACUGGUCACGCGAGCAAUUUCGCAAUGCAUCCGUGAUGUCAUUAAUACAUUUUUUUAUGACAGUUCAUCAAUGCAAGAAGCAGGUCUGACAUACAGUUGUGUGGCAAUGAAUGAUUCGAGACUGAACGCUCGCGAUGCGGAUUUCAUCUGAAAGCAACGACGCUUGCAUCGAUCGAGUAGCUGACCGCUGACCCUACAUGUUUAUUGAUCACCGAUUGAUUAGUUGCAGUAAUAGCGCUCGUGGUUUGUAGGUUCGUUUUCUCAUCAUGCUUCAUUUAGGAGAUGAGCUCACGCUGUUCUCUGUUGUCUUCAUCGUGGUUCUGCUGGGAACCAGAAGCGCCGUCUGGCCCACGGUGCUCACGGCCUCUCUCUACCUCUUCAUGGUGAUGUUCCGGUUCCCCCAGGUCCCCUCCAGCCGGGCCAGACAGGUGCUUCGGCCCGGGUCUAGAGUGUCGUCGGGCGGCGUGUCAGCGGUGGCGCACCGCGGUGGUGGACACGACGCUCCAGAGAACACCAUAGGUGCUAUACGCGCGGCGAGUGAGAAUGGAGCCACGGGUGUGGAGCUGGACCUGGAGUUCACAGCUGAUGGGGUUCCCAUACUGAUGCACGAUGACACCGUGGACCGAACCACAAACGGAUCAGGACCACUGAGCAAGCUGCUCUUCUCUGAACUGCGCAAACUGGAUGCAGCAGCCAAACACAGAUUCAGUGACCGUUUCCGAGGUGAGAAGGUUCCAACGCUGCAGGAGGCAGUAGAGGAAUGCAUCAAGCGCCAGUUGACCAUCUACUUUGACGUCAAAGGUCAUCCAGAUGAGGCGGCUGCAGCGCUGAAAGAAUUAUUCCAGAAGUAUCCAGUGCUCUACAACACAAGCAUCGUCUGCUCAUUUGAGCCCAAAGUCAUCUAUAGGAUGCGACAGGCGGAUCCGAAUGUGGUGACCGCAUUGACCCAUCGGCCGUGGAGUCUGAGUCGGUUUGGCGACGGGACGCCGCGGUUCUCAUCCGCGUGGAAGCACCACUGGAUGCAGGUGUUGGAUGUGCUCCUGGACUGGGCUCAUCAUCACCUGCUGUGGAACCUGUGUGGAGUCUCCGCCUUCCUGGUGCAGAAGAACUUCAUCUCGCCGGACUAUGUGCAGUACUGGGCAGCCCGCGGUGUAGAGGUGGUGGGCUGGACGGUGAACACGGCUGUAGAGAAGCAGUACUACCAGCAACUACUGAAGAUCAACUACAUCACCGACAGUCUCGUAGAGGACUGUGAACCUCACUACUGAAAUGCCACAUUGUACAAUCACUAGGUUAGGCCUUUAGUAAUUCAAGCAACUAAACUGUUCUGCUUCACUCAAAAUAUUAAAGUAUGUCUGUAAUGAAUUGCUCUGAUUCAGGAAGCAUGCUGUAGGGACUUGAAAUUUACAGGGUAACAAAAUGCUUUCAUUGUGUAAAAUUUAUAAUAUGGGAUAUGUAAAUAUCAAUGUUCAAAUGUACUGUACACACCCACUCAGGUGAGCCAAUUUGACUAGAUCCACCUUUUUCUUGUCAUAAAAAUGGGUGCGGCCAUUUGUAAAUUCUGUGGGUCUGGC